AUGACGUCAGACCGGCCUUUGCGGCAGAUCCAAGCGUUGCUCAACCACCGCUGCCGGUAUCUGACUGGUGCGCUAAGCCAAGGCGGCUGGGCAAUUGUCUUUCAACAAGACAUUGGACCCGGUAACCUUUUGAGGGUAAACCAAUCCAGCAUCCCAGCCAUCGUCCUCGACAUCCUACCCUAUUUCCAUUGUGCUCUCUCUAUCCUCUACCACUCUACGAGUGUUGUACUCUCCCCUCACCCGCGCACCCCGCCAGCGCCCCGCGGCCCCCAAAGCGGCGGCCGCUCAGCGCUGACCACGAGCGUGCAAUCGUCAGGUACUAGGCCCAGGCGCCCGGUCGCUCGGACCGUCGGGUCGGCCAGUGGGGGGAUCGGCGCGCGCGACGAGCGGGGGACCCUCCGUACGCAGGCACACCUCCGGCGCGCUUUGGUGCCGAUUCACCCGCCGUCCGAAUCGCCCAGCCCGGCCAUGUCGAGAGCGGGCGCUAGGCACCCGGAUGCUGACGAGCGCCAGCCGAGCGGCUCCACUUCCUCCUCCCCCGAGGGCCACCAGCCGGCGGGGUACCGCGGCGAUGACGUCACCGAGCCGCACGUCCUCUACGCGACCCUCAACGAGUACCUGCAGCUCGAGCAGAAGUUUCAGCCGCGGCUCUGUCUGCCCGACGAGUCGGAGAGCGGCGAGGUGACCAUCGGCGCUAGGGACGGCGCAGCGCACGUGCUGCGCUGCCUCAAGGUGUGGUUCGACCUGCCGGCCGACGUGCUCAUCAGCGCCAUCAACCUGUUCGACAGGUUCCUGACGAAGAUGAAGGUGCGGCCGUGCCACGUGCCGUGCAUCACCGUCUCCUGCAUGAACGUGGCACUGGACGAGCACGCCGAGAACACCCAGCAGCCGAGGAAAGUUUCCGUCGAGGAGUUGGUGUCGGUGUCGCAGUCUGCGUGCACGUGGCGCGACGUCGCCCGCAUGUCGCGCGUUCUCGCCGACAAGCUGGCGCUGAACAACGCGCGCGCCGUGACGCCCCUCCACUGGCUGCGGCUGCUGCGCUCCCUGGCGGCGAACGCGGCGCUGCCCGCCCCGCCGGAGAGUGAGUUGGUGAAUCUGCUGGAGAUUGCAAUAUGCGACGCGGGCUGCGCCAACGCGCGAACCAGCGAACUGGCACUGGUCAUCGUGUACCAUCAGCUCGAGAAACAGCUUACCGAGUGGGCCCGACACAAUGAGGUCUCCGAUGAUCUAUACUACCUUUACGAGUUUGCCUCCCAGCUUCAGGCCUACUGCAAUAUGUCGGACGCUUCGCUGGUGAGCACUCGCGACACCUUCCGCUCGGUGUUGUCGCGCUACGAGGCGAGGUGCGCCGCGCCACAGCGGCAGCGCCUCGUCUGGCGCCUCUCCGAACGGACGCUGAAGGUGCUAAGGCCAACGGACCGCCUGACAUCGCUCUUGCCCACUAUCGAGGAGCAGCAUUUCGCCGUCGACCCCACGCCCAGCAGAAACAGAUCGGGCAGCGAGAGUAGCGAGAGCGAGGAGACGUCCGAUUGGCCGCGCAGUCCGGUGCUGCCAGUCUACUGCAGCAAC